AUGCAGCAGCAUCUCUCAGAGGCUGUCGCGGGCGCGUUCUCUCGCUGCCUGGGCUUCUGUGGAAUGAGGCUCAGGCUCCUUCUCUCAAGACACUGGUGCAUUGCAGGUGCGUCUCUACAGAAGUUUGAUGGUGACAGUGCCUACGUGGGGAUGAGUGACGGAAAUCCAGAGCUCCUGCCAACCAGCCAGACCUAUAACAGCCAGAGCGAGAGCAAUGAAGACUAUGAGAUUCCUCCUAUAACGCCUCCCAACCUCCCUGAACCAUCCCUUCUGCACCUGGGGGACCACGAAGCCAGCUACCACUCGCUGUGUCACGGCCUUGCGCCCAACGGUCUGCUCCCUGCCUACCCGUACCAAGCUAUGGAUCUCCCAGCCAUCAUGGUGUCCAACAUGCUAGCCCAGGAUAGCCACCUGCUCUCUGGCCAGUUGCCCACGAUCCAGGAGAUGGUCCACUCGGAGGUAGCUGCCUAUGACUCAGGCCGGCCAGGGCCCCUGCUGGGCCGCCCAGCGAUGCUGGCCAGCCACAUGAGUGCCCUCAGCCAGUCCCAGCUCAUCUCUCAGAUGGGCAUCCGGAGUGGCAUCGCCCACAGCUCCCCAUCACCCCCAGGGAGCAAGUCGGCAACCCCCUCUCCAUCCAGUUCUACACAGGAGGAGGAGUCGGACGCCCAUUUCAAGAUCUCGGGAGAAAAGAGACCCUCAGCAGACCCAGGCAAAAAGGCCAAGAACCCAAAGAAGAAGAAGAAGAAGGACCCCAAUGAGCCACAGAAGCCUGUGUCGGCCUAUGCUCUCUUCUUCAGAGACACUCAGGCCGCCAUCAAGGGGCAGAAUCCCAGUGCCACCUUUGGGGAUGUGUCCAAAAUAGUGGCCUCCAUGUGGGACAGCCUAGGAGAAGAGCAGAAACAGGCGUAUAAGAGGAAGACCGAAGCUGCCAAGAAGGAGUACCUGAAAGCCUUGGCGGCCUACAGAGCUAGCCUUGUCUCCAAGAGCCCUCCGGACCAAGGCGAGGCCAAGAAUGCUCAGGCAAACCCACCAGCUAAAAUGCUCCCACCCAAGCAACCCAUGUACGCCAUGCCCGGCCUGGCUUCCUUCCUGACGCCCUCCGACCUGCAGGCCUUCCGCACAGGAGCCUCUCCUGCCAGCCUUGCCAGGACGCUGGGCUCCAAGGCCCUGCUGCCAGGCCUCAGCACAUCCCCGCCACCACCCUCCUUCCCUCUCAGCCCCUCACUGCACCAGCAGCUGCCACUGCCCCCCCACGCACAGGGCACCCUCCUCAGCCCGCCUCUCAGCAUGUCCCCUGCCCCUCAGCCUCCUGUCCUGCCUGCCUCCAUGGCGCUCCAGGUGCAGCUGGCGAUGAGCCCCUCACCUCCAGGGCCACAGGACUUCCCACACAUCUCCGAGUUCCCCAGUGGCUCAGGCUCCCGCUCACCUGGCCCAUCCAACCCUUCCAGCGGCGGGGACUGGGAUGGGAGUUACCCCAGCGGGGAGCGCGGCCUCGGCACCUGCAGACUCUGCAGAGGCAGCCCACCGCCCACCACCAGCCCAAAGAACCUGCAGGAACCUUCUGCCCGCUGA